GUCCGCACGCUGGUUAAGAGCUCCCGGGCGGAGGAGAGGGGGAGCAGCCCAGCACUGCGAACGGAGACCCUCGUAAGCGCUAAGUCGCCCCUGGUGCUCUCGGUGGGGGGGUCUGUGGGGGCAGGACAGGAAGGUGAGAAGAGGGUUUCCCUGAGGCUCCUGGCUCAAAAAAAACAAGAAAUGAAAGAGAGAACUGAGCCCUGUUCUGUGCAGCCCCGGGAUACCCGGGUGCUUCGGUCGAGGGAAGCCACCAUGGCCAUGUCCUUCUUCUCCCUCUCUGCUCCACCCAGCCCCCAGAAAGAGGACAGCUUGGCCGGCUCGCCGCCCCCCAGCUCCCCUCCUGCCGAAGGAGAGGGGGCCAGAGCAGGAGGCACCAUCCCCUGGGAGGCUAGCGGCAGCCUGGGCUCCCCUGGGGAUGGCAGUGGUGGUGAGCAGGCUGCCAAUUUUGCUGCCCUUCCCAUCUCAGAAGCACCCAGCGGGGAGGAAGGUUGUCCAGGCUCCAAUGUACAAACUGAUCCAAACCUCCCUGCCAGCCCGGAGCCAAAGUCCCCCUUGCAGUCCUCCGCCGCUGUGGACACAGCACCCCUGGCCUGUGACGGUGCCAGGGAUCCUGCCCAGCUUCCAGGCGCAGAGGAUACAGAGCCCUGCGGGCUGUGUCUGGCAGAGCCCUCCCCACACUCUCCAUACAGGCAGGCUCCUGAUGAGCUCCCUGCCACCGUGGAUGGGGAGUGCUCCUUGGAGCUCCCUGCCACCUUGCAGUGUGUGGACAUGAGUGAAAGCAUUGAUGCUAAACCAGAAGCUGAAUUAUCGGGCAUGGUGGGUGAUGGCUCCCUUGAGGAAGAGGAGGCCGUGCCAGCCAGCACAGCCCUCCCCAAAAUCUCAGAAGGGGAGGCAGGGCAGAAUAACAGCCCAGCAGGUGAAAAAGAGCCUGUUGAAGGGGAAACACCGCCUGAACCUGAUGGCUCAGACACUGCAGGGAAAGACUCUGUCUCUUCCAAAGACAGUCUAGACAAGAAGCGAAAGAAAGGCAGGAGAGUGCUUGUGGCAUCAGACAGGCGUCUCCGAAGCCAGCAAUCCCAGUCAUCCAUUGAUGGCAGUGCUGAGGAUGCUGGUUCUUCCAGCUCUUUGCAGCUUCCUUGCCUUCAGAUCAAACUCUCCAAGAGCCCUGGCGCUAAGCGGUUCAAGAGAGAAGUGCACCUGGAUGGGGCAGCAUCUGUGCACUUCCCAAAUGACUGCUUCCCCAAUGUGUUGCUCAAAACCAGCGAGGGGCCGGGCACCGACCAGGCUCCAGAGAGCAUCGCUGAGCAGCAGCCAGGCGAGGAGAAUGGUGUCACUACCAGACAAACCUAUAAAAACAUCUUAAUGAAAGAGACUGGGGCAGAGGGAGGAAAUUCCUCUAAAGAUAACCCCCCUGCUAACAGCAGCCAAAGUCAACCAGGUGAGAUGCUAGAAAUCAGCGCCCAGGCUGAUUCUGAGAAGAGAAGCAUUCUCCUCCCUCCGGAAAGCAGCAUGCCUGCAAAUGAUGCUGAGCAAGUGGAUGUGAAACCAGGCGAUGCCAGUGAAAAGGAUGAGGAGAGCUCCAACAGUGCCAUGGACACGGGCAAGCUGGAGAACUACGAGCCAGUGGCCAAUUCGCCUCUCUGUCCCAGCAACAGAGGUGGAAGCAAGCAUCUUCCAGCAAAGGCUGCAAAGCAUAAAAAGAUCGCCUUGCAGUUUUAUAACUUAAGACACGCACCCACACCUGUAGACACAGCAAAGAAGAGCACACCAGGGAAGGAAUCUAUGCAAGCGAUCCCCAAACUGAGGGACGAAUGCAGUUCAGGGAAUGAUGACUCAACGGUGUUGGAGGACAUAGACGUAUCUGACAGCAAACCAAAGUUCAUGGAGUGGUGUGCUGAAGAGGAGAACCAGGAGCUCAUUGCUGAGUUUAACACUCAGUACAUGAAAGUUCAGAAGGGCUGGAUUCAACUGGAGAAGGAGGUGCAGCCGACCCCCAAGGUAAAGAACAAAGCCGACAAACUGAAAGAGAUUUGGAAAAGCAAGAAAAGGACACGGAAAAGCAGAGGCUCACUGGAAGUGCAGAAGCUUUCUCCUGUCCAGAUGCUGUUUAUGAAGGCGUUUAAGCUGUCUGACAUCUGCCAGUGGUUUCUGGAGACAACUGAAACCAGGUCGCUAGUAAUCGUGAAGAAGCUCAACACCCGUCUACCAGGGGAGAUUCCCCCCAUCAAAGUCCCCAUGCAGAAAUAUUCCUCCUCCAGUCUCUAUCCCAGCUCAUUGCAAGCUGAACGUUUGAAAAAACACCUCAAGAAGUUCGCCGCCACUACCCCGGCUCGAAAUAACCUGAAGAACCAAAAGCUUUGGGCCAAAAUUCGGGAGAAUGCUGAUAAAGCAGAGGCUGAAGAAGCCACUGCUCCCAGCCAGACAUCGUCCACUGAUGCCAGCACCGAGGACCUGAGUGAAGACAAAACCAUCCAGCCUGUCCCCAGCUUGCCCACACAGGCCAGCACCAGGAUCCUGCGCAAGUACUCCAACCUGCGGGGCAAGCUGCGAGCCCAGCACCGCAUGGUGAAGGUGGAGAAGAAGAACGAUGGUCCAGGGGACCACCUGUCCCUGGAGAGCAAGCAGAGCCAAAAAAUCAACCCACUGAUGUCUCCAAAGUUGGCCUUGCAGAUCAAAGCAGAUGCCUUUCCUGCUAAAUCUCCAUCAGUGGAUGGGACGGGGAAGGGGCGGAAGGGGAAGAGCAGGCCCCAGGAGGACCCCUUGCCCAAAGCUGACCUCCAGCUAAAAAAAAGGAAGAAGAGGACACUGAAGGAGAGUGGGAGCACACAGGAGCGAUCCAGUUCCUCCACCAAGGACAAGCUGCCUGCCAAGAAGGCCAGUAAAAUAAAGCAUUCGGAGGUCAGCGCAAAAGCUCCUGCCACCCGAAAGCAGGCUGCCAUGGAGAGGAGCAAUAAGCUGACUAGAAAAAUGUCUUUGAAAGAGAAGAGAGCCCCAAAAAGGCAGCUGGAGAAGGUGCGGCUCCCCAUGCGGAAGGGCAAGGAGAACACGAGCAGACGGGCUGUCCUGCCCCCCAGCCAUGAGGAGCUGGCCAAGUCCCCGAAGCAGAAGCCCCUGGGGGAGUCCUCCACACGGUCACAGAAGAUGGCCAACAAGAAGCCCAGCGGUGGGAAGACCCUGACAAGGUCUAUGAAGAAGAUGCAGGAGAGCAGCGGGUCGCAGGGCAAGAGGAAGCUGAGGGCAAAAGUGGACUGUUCGCACAGCAAACGCUCGCGACUGGACCCAAAAUAG